UUUGCCAUGGACAUGACGUUCCUCAAUGAACAGCAUCCUCACGUUAGAAUGGGCGCUGCACCGACUGGAUCAACGAAUAACCCGGAGCCCUGAUCGGCUCGUCUACGAUCAACAUGGAUGCUUUGGCCGCUCAUCAAGGGUAGUGCAUCGCGGUGGGCCCAAUCCCACAAGUGUGCCCGGUUAGUUCGGCGAGCUUCCUCCUCCGCCCAAGCUGGUAGGACCGCGGCGGGCGGGAGUGGUUCAGAUCCGGGCCAGGGGGCGGAUGAAUCUGUGACUGGCAUGUUUCAUCAUAUCCUAGGCCAGAAUCCCGAGCUCAAGGAUAUUGUCGAGACUUUGGAGAAGUAUAUCCCGUUUAUUGCAAUACUUCUGGUCAAGUUGUUCUUUGAUCACAGUGCUGGUAUUGUCACGUUCAUCUGCCUGCUCACUACUUUCACACAUGCCAAUUCGGUGGUCAAGCAACAAGUGGCCCAACAAGGUCGGAAGAACAAAUUGGCUCUCUUGGCCGUUUUAGUCAAUCUAGUGGCGUGUAUCGGUUUUAUCUACUACAUGUUCCAAGAUGAAAAGUUGUACAAUUGUGCUAUUUUCCUACCUCCUUCCAAAAUAGAGUCAUUUUACGAUCUCUUCUGGUUUGUGGGAGUCAACGAUUUCAUCCUGAAGUUUGUGUCUGUGAUAUUCAAAGUUGGCUUGCUUUUAUUGCCCAAUACAGCUGUUCCCUAUCAAAAGAGGGGAAAGUAUUUCCUGUUCAUCGAGCGAACCAGUCAGAUCCAUCGGGAAUUAGCUCCUAUCCACAUCUGGCUUUUGUUCUUACUCAAUGGAUACGAGCGAAUCCCAGGCAAAGUCCUGGGCGUGAUAAUGGUGGCUGUGUACAUGGUAGCCAAGGGCAAGCUGCUUCUGAAAUCUGCCCGAUGUUGGAAGCAAGCCAUACAUAAGAUCCUCCAAAGCAAAAGCUAUGGCAAGAAUCCCAAUCCCGACGAAAUCAAGGCCUCGGGUGGAAGUUGUCCAAUCUGUUAUGAAGACUAUCGCCUUCCGACAUUGCUUCAUUGUAAGCAUAUUUUUUGCGAAGAAUGUCUGGCCACGUGGUUUGAUCGGGAAAAAACGUGCCCAUUGUGUAGAGCUCAGGUCACAGAAGAUCCAGAGUGGAGGGAUGGGUCCACCUCUCACUUUGUCCAACUCUUUUGAUGAGAGCAUUGAAGUCCACUUCAAUCUCAAAUCCAUACACGCGUCGAAUUAUCCUUACAAAAACAGUGUUUGUACCCAGCUAUAUGAGUUCAAAUAUUAACAGAUUUAUUAUUCUU